AUGGCUUUACACAGAAAUAAGAGAUCAAGGGACUUCUUUUCCAAGCAAUGGGUGGACGAAAGUUCGUUUUUUCGGCAAAUCUUUAGGAGAGAUAGGUGGUUCCAGAUAUUCUGGGGUCUUCAUGUGUCUCCUCCAGCAGCCCCUGGAAGUGGCUUCAUGGCAUCUCGGAGGUCAAAGGUAAAACAAGUUCAUGACUAUUUAUCUGAACGGUUCUUACGUUAUUAUCAUCCUGGAUGCCAUCUAAGCGCCGACGAGUCCACAGUACCAUUCAAGGGCAGGACCGCAUUCAAGAUGUACGACAGCAAAAAACCAACAAAAUGGGGCAUCAGAAUAUAUGAUAUUGCCGAUGCGCUGACGGGAUAUAUUCUAGGUUUGAUUCCGUAUUACGGCAAAGCUACUAUCGAGUGCCUUGGUUAUGCUGAUCAUCUCUUCACCACUCGCAUUGUAUUGACACUAGUGGACAUCGUUACGCGUGCCACAGGAGAAACUGGAUACCAUGUUUAUACGGAUCGUCUUUAUACAAACUUAUCUCUAGCUGCGGAACUUCUGAAGAAAAAGAUUCACAUCACUGGAACGAUAAAUACGAAUAGGAAAGGCCUUCCCCCUCAAGUGAAGAAAAGAAAAAGAUCAUCAGUAGGAACAGUAAGGUCGUAUGUGAAAAACAAGCGAUACCAUAUUCUGUCUUGGAAAGAUAAGAGGGACGUCAUUAUGUGCUCUACAUACCACACCGCAAGAACCGUCCAACAUCGCCGUGUUAUGAAAGGGAAUGUAGAACAAGUUAUUGAAAAACCAGUGAUGGUCUCCGAAUAUACUUCUAACAUGGGAGGAGUGGAUCGUGCAGAUCAUUACAUAUCAUCAUACUGCUUCCUACAAAAAUCAUUGAAAUGGUGGAGAAAAGUUUACUUUUUCCUUUUGGAAGUAGCCAUAGUGAAUAGUUUCAUUCUCCAUCGUAUUCAUAUGAAAUCAAAAGGGUUGAAGGUAUUAACUCAUCUUCAGUUUCGCAAAGAAUUGGUGAAAGAAUUGGUAGGAAAUGUAAGAAAUGCGGCUCAAAAUGGAAGAAGAAGCACAUCUGAUGAUGAGGAAAGGUUAAAUGGAAAAUUACUAUAA